AUGGAGAGGGAUGAUAGUUUUGUGGCUCUGGUUCACUGCUCUGGAAAAAUUCAAAAGAGCAAAAGGCAUGGUGUGAAAUUCACAGAUAGAGAACCGCUUAAUAUUUUUAUCAGAUCGUCGAUUAUAUUGGCAGAGAUUAAGCUAAGCAUAUUACGGAAGUUCGGUACCUGUAGGACGAAGUGGGUAAAAAAAUUAUUUUACAAGAUUCAAAUAGCCGUUGUUUCAACUGGUGUGAGAUAUGAGACCUUCAUGAUAGGGUCGGAUGAAGACCUGCAGGUCUUGUUUCACUGCAGGCGUAGUUUUCCGGAGGUGAGGGUACCUGAGCUGCUUGCGAAGUUGGAAGAUGGUGUGGAUAGCUCUGGGGCAUCGGCACCGAAUCCUCAGUCGACCACAGUCGGUGGUGCCUCGACAUCGAUGCCUGUGAUAGCAGCGGCAGUUCCGAUUCCUGAGCCCGAACAUGCUGGGGCUGUUCAUGCAUAUGUGGCUCCUGUUGUGCCUGAUUUUGAAUUUGAUGCCGGUCCAGAUCGAGUUGAGAAUGCACUGUGUGACAAUGAUUCGGAUGAGGAGCCGGUCAAUAUUGGUGGGGACAGUGAUGAUGAUAUUCCAAGAGCCAUCGGCCAACACCAGAAUGUAGAUGCAACAUUCGAUGGGCAGGGGAUGCAUGAUGGGACACCUAUGACUGAAUUUCAGAUUGGCCAAUCGUUCCAGAGUAAGGAGGAAGUUGUGCUGAGCGUAAAAGAUUACAGUAUUCGGCGUGGAGUUGAGUACAAGGUUAUGGAGUCAGACAAUCUGAAAUACCAAGGGAGAUGCAAGGAGUUUGAUAACGGGUGCACGUGGUUGAUUCGGAUAGUCGUGCGGAAAAGGAAGAGCACAUGGGAAGUUAGGAGGUACAACGGACCACACACGUGUAUGGCCACAUCCACAUCCAUAUCGAGCGAUCACAAGUAG